AAGCCGAGAGAUGUGUGUACUGGGCCUUUAAAGGUGUUUUGCAUCCGGAGCAGCUCCCUCAUAUCCCCCAGACAGGCCAACGUCUCACCUACAGCAUCACAAACCAGUUUGUUUACAAGGGCUUAAGCAGCUGCUGUGGUCCCCUGGUUCACUAUGGCCCAGAACCAAGUGAUUCUGCAGUUCCGCUUCGCCACAUUUGGAGACUCCAUGCUACAGAAGAUGAACCUUCUGAGACACCAGAGGCGCUUCUGCGAUGUUACUGUUCGCAUCAACCAGCUGGAGGUCCCUGGUCACAAAGUGGUGUUUGCUGCUGGCUCCUCUUUCUUAAGGGACCAGUUCAUCCUUCAGCAGGACUCCAGGGAGGUCCAGAUCUCUAUGAUCCAGGAGGCAGAAGUUGGCCGACAGCUGCUGCUGUCCUGCUACACUGGCCAGCUGGAGUUUCCUGAGCUGGAGCUGGUGCAUUACCUGACAGUGGCCAGCUUCCUCCAGAUGGGCCACAUUGUAGAGCAGUGCACUCAGGCCCUCAGCAAGUUCAUCAAACCACAGGCUUCACGCCAGCUGGAGGUGGAUGUAAAAAUGCGGAGGGAGAAGAGGGAGGAGAGUUUAUCCUCCCAGGCAAAGAUAGAACAAGAGCGCUCUCAGGUGCAGACUGUCCAUCAGGAGGAGGAGGACGAGGAGGAGGAGGAGGAGGAGGAAGAGGUAGUGGAGCAGGUGGAGCAGGAUAAUAACGAUGAUGAAAGCGAAGAUGAUGAUGUGAUUAUACAGCCCAAAAGCCCUGUCCAGAUCUUGACCAGGCGUCCAAGGCAAGGCAUAGUGGAGAGUGACAUCACUAUAGUAAAGGUGGAGUCUGUGUCUGAUGUUGCAGAGAACUCCAUCACCGGUCACUUCUCCACCAACCCUCCUGCAGAGCUCCACUCCCCUGAGCCCCAGCACUCGCUCAUUAAUUCCACCGUUGACAGCCGCAGCAGUGAGAUGGCGGUUCCGCCUGGCGUGACGGGAUACCCACUUAGCCCUCCUCCUUCAUCUCCACCUGCAGAGAAACACAUCGGACACCAGAGGAACUACGACAAGCCUCUCCAGUGGUACCACCAGUGCCCCAAGUGCGCCCGAGUCUUCCGCCAACUCGAGAACUACGCCAACCACCUCAAGAUGCACAAGCUCUUCAUGUGCCUGCUGUGCGGCAAGACCUUCACGCAAAAGGGCAACCUGCACCGGCACAUGCGCGUUCACGCCGGCAUCAAACCCUUCCAGUGUAAGAUCUGCGGUAAGACUUUCACCCAGAAGUGCUCGUUGUUGGAUCAUCUAAAUCUGCACAGCGGAGAUAAGCCGCAUCGCUGUAACUACUGUGACAUGGUGUUUGCUCACAAGCCAGUUCUCCGCAAGCACCUCAAACAAAUCCACGGGAAGAACAGCUUCGAUAAUGCAAAUGAAGGCAGCCUGCACGACGGCGGGGUGGACUUUGAAUUCGGACGAAUAUGAGAUCACUUUGGACUUACUGGCUGUGCUGUUUGAGAACACAGUAACAAAGGCGGCCACGUGAGUGAGACGUUCACUGACGUGGAUGAUGGGUUACCUAAAGGAUACAAACAUGAACAAAGUUUUUCUGAUCGGCACAUCACUGUAGCUUCAUUACUGUGGACUAUUUGUCUUUCUUUUGUACAAUACAGUGUAGAUGCCUUCAUCUCAUACUUGAAAAUUGAAAAACACUGAAACGCAUCAUAAUGUUUGAACAUCAUUAGUUUUAUUAAUGCAUUGCCAUGUCUUUGUGUCUACCCUGUCCUUUAAAGAACUGCACAAUGAACAGUAUCCAUUUUUAUGUUGUUUAUGUACACAAUCUGCUGUAUGAUUACUUUUUAAACUGUAUGACUAUGGCAACGUGGACUUAGGAGAAACUUGAAAGAGUGGAGAUGCAACAUUAUUUUACAUAAGGCAAGCUAUGUCAUUUUGUCUUGGUGGCCAAAGUGUCUGUUAGCCUAAGGGGUCUUCUUUUUUUUUAUAGAAUUUAUAUCUGAGGUACUAUUGGACCAAAGUGACAUUGUAUCUGUCCUGUGUUCAUGGAAGUCAAUGUGAGUUACGA